AUGUACAUGCCAAACUUGAUGCCACGAGACAUUCACCAUUUGUGGAUGCAGCCAAAUGAAAAAACCUCCAACAAGAACAAAUUGGAUUCGUCAAGAAACAACCUUUUUAGAAGAAAUCAAGAUGAUGAUAGUGAACUAAACCAACGCCAAAGAAUACUAUAUGCACCACCUUUGUCAGCUUAUUCCUCAGAAAGACCUGGUGCAAUGCUCCCUUCAAGAGAGUCCCAAUCUUCGGCUACCGCUUCCUCUACAGAAACUGACUUUAACGAUCUGAUAUUCAAUGACAUUGAGCAAAAAAUGAGAGAACUUCGUUCAAUACGAACAUUAGGUGAUUCGUAUUUAGCUCCAGUUGGUGUGGGUAAAACUAUGAAAACAUUACAUGAAGAAAUGCAAAUUAAAGAACAAAUGAAGGAACAAUACCAGCAUGAAGCGCCAACUGCGGAAAAUUUGCUUGGUGAAGGUGAUAAUGUUGUUGAAGAUGAAGAUAUUGAAGGUUCUGAUCAGGUUGGUGAAGCUUUGCAAAGAAAUGAGCAGCCAAUACAGCCUGAUGGACAGGAAGAAACACAAGCUACUGAGCAAAUUGAUUUGGAUGAUGAGAUUCCUGAAGCUGAAGAGAAUACUUAUGAUCAUAUUUAUGACCAAGCAAAUGAUUUAAGUGAGAAUGAGAUAGAAUAUGAUGAUCAAACAGCUUAUGAGCGUCAAUACGAUGAAGGUUUCAUGGUCUCAGAAGAGUACCAGCAAGAUGAUGAAGAAGUUACACCUCGUAAUAAUAGAUCAACAGGUGUCAACUAUGCAAGAGAACAGAUUAGAACACCUGAAUAUUCACCAGUCAAUAAUGAAACCAGCGGUAGACAAAAUGCAACCUUUUCCUCAAGUUUUAAUUCAUUUUCAAGAAAUGUCCGUGAUUCUUUUAACGAUACAACUACACAUCCUGGGGAUAUUUCAAUCAAUGAAAGUGAUCUGGAUAUGGUUCUAGACGAUGAUGACUAA